AUGGGCACAACGGCGGAUGGGGAGGAAACGGAUGGGGCAACGGGGGCUAUGGGGGCGGCUAUGGGGGCGGCUAUGGGGGCGGAUAUGGGGGCGGAUAUGGGGGCGGCUAUGGAGGCGGCUUCGGCAACGGUGGAGGGUGGGGAGGUGUUGAGAUACUGGUUGUUAUUUGAUUACGAAGAGGUCGAAUCUACGGUGCGUAUGCGAUGCUAUGAGUCACUCAUCUCUGGAUAUAUAAGACCUGCUCCACUGACCACGGCACACUUGUCAUCUGUUGAGGACACCAUGAACUCGAUACUCUGCUUCGCUCUCGCGAUCUGCGCCAGCAUAGCGCUUACAUCGGCUUAUCCCGCUGCCGAACCAGCCCAGGACAUCUCCUACAUAGGCCUGCAAGAAAUAGUUCCCGUCCAAGCAGCGGCUGAUGAGGAAACCCUGCAGCCAGAAGAAUCACGCUAUAAGCGCCACGGCUGGGGUGGCGGUUGGGGGCGUAGGGGCUAUGGGCACGGCGGCUGGGGCCGAGGAUGGGGUUACGGCGGCGGAUGGGGGCAUAGAGGCGGAUGGGGAUACGGGGGCUAUGGGGGCGGUUACGGCUACGGCGGAGGGUGGGGUGGCGGUUGGUACGGCUAAUAUGGCUGCACUAAAACCUCUUAACAGUUAGUGAAAUAGGUACUCGAUAAGCUUUAGUCACGUAGAUAUAAAGUUGUGUGUGAAAAUGUGAAUGUAGUGAUAACCGAUAAUGAGCUUUCGCGUGUGCAGCCCAACAAUCGGUAUUGGAAAUGGUCACAUCACUAUAGCGCGGCUAAGACUGCCAGAUGAGCAUCGCCGCAAUGACGGCGUCGUAGUGGAGCUUCCCAAGUUAUGUCUGUUUUAUU